CAAUGUCCUCGUCAAAGUGCAAAGGGUUUUUGGUCUCUCGGCUUGUAAGUGGAAAAACCUCCCUCUCAACCUCCCUCGUAUAGCUUCUUCUCUCCUCUGACUGGGAGUAAAGCAUCCUCCUGAGAGGCGCACUUGCCACUUUAAAAGGAAAGGAAACGAAAUGGAGGAUGUCGAAAUGGACGUGUCCAACAGCUACUCCGACCCCGAAGAUCUUACCAUAAGAGAACAGUUUCGCCGUUACGGCAAAAGGCACUCGAUAUCAAGCGUUUCACCCCAUCAAGAUGGUCCCGUUUCCAAGUUCAGUGAGUCCAGGCUGUUGUAUGAUGGGAAUAAUAUUCACAGCCCCACCAAUGCUGCACUUAUUCUAGAAAACAUCAAGCAAGAGGUUGACAGCAUUGAGACCUAUCAUUUUGAAGGUGCUACUACGCCCACGAGGAAUCAAUCUGCAAUCAAAAGGAGAUCGUCUGUUGAUAGCCGUGGUGGAUUUUCAGAGGCUGAUCUUGGUAUUGAUUCAGUUGCUCGAUUUGGAAGCCAAUCACUUAAAGCUUGCAAGAUUGAGGAUGAGACAUUGACGGAUAGUGGAGAGACUACUUUUGGUUUAUUUGCGUCUCUUUUUGAUUCUGCUAUUCAAGGGUUGAUGCCAAUUCGUGAUCUCAUGUUAAGAUUUGAAAAAUCAUGCCGGGAUGUUUCAGAGUCCAUUAGGUAUGGGCCCAAUAUAUGGCAUCGGGUUGUAGAGGACAAAUUGAUGAGACAGAAGGCUCAGUUCUUGCUUGACGAGGCUGCUACAUGGUCUCUCCUUUGGUACCUCUAUGGGAAAGUUACGGAGGAGCCCCCUGAAGAGCUGAUUGUGUCACCAUCAACAUCGCAUUUGGAGGCUUGCCAGUUUGUCGUGAAUGACCAUACAGCACAGUUGUGCCUCCGAAUCCUUCAAUGGCUGGAAGGGUUAGCCUCUAAAGCCCUUGAUUUGGAAAGCAAGGUGCAAGGAUCUCAUGUUGGCACCUAUCUUCCAAAGUCAGGAAUUUGGCACCAGACACAACGGUUUCUACAGAAAGGUGCCUCCAAUACAAAUACUGUUCAACACUUGGAUUUUGAUGCUCCAACCCGAGAACAUGCGCAUCAGUUACUGGAUGACAAAAAACAAGAUGAAUCUCUUCUGGAGGAUAUCUGGACCCUAUUGAGGGCUGGAAGACUGGAAAAGGCACUUGACCUUUGCCGCUCAGCUGGACAGCCAUGGAGAGCUGCAACUUUAUGUCCAUUUGGAGGAUUGGACCUCGUUCCUUCUGUUGAAGCCCUGGUGAAAAAUGGGAAGAACAGAAUGCUGCAAGCCAUUGAAUUAGAAAGUGGCAUUGGUCACCAAUGGCAUUUAUGGAAAUGGGCUUCCUAUUGUGCGUCAGAGAAAAUUGCUGAGCAAAAUGGUGGGAAAUAUGAAGUAGCUGUAUAUGCAGCACAAUGCAGCAACUUGAAGCGGAUACUUCCAAUCUGUACAAACUGGGAGUCAGCAUGCUGGGCAAUGUCAAAGUCUUGGCUUGAUGCUCGGGUGGACUUAGAACUAGCUCGCUCACAACCAGGAAGAACGGUGCAGCUUAAAAGCUAUGGAGAUGUUGGCGAUGGAAGUCCUGGACAAAUUGAUGGUGCUGCUCAUGCAGCUGGACCAGAAAAUUGGCCACAACAAGUUCUGAACCAGCAGCCACGGAACCUUUCAGCACUUCUUCAGAAACUCCACUCAGGUGAACUGGUUAAUGAAGCGGUUAGUCGAGAAUGCAAGGAGCAGCACCGGCAAAUUGAGAUGGAUUUAAUGUUAGGGAAUAUACCACAUCUUCUAGACAUGAUCUGGUCAUGGAUAGCACCUUCAGAGGAUGAUCAAAAUAUCUUCAGGCCACAUGGCGAUUCUCAGAUGAUUCGUUUUGGUGCUCACCUAGUGCUUGUGCUGAGGUAUUUACAUGCUGAGGAAAUGCAGGAUUCUUUUAGAGAGAAGCUCAUGACUGUUGGUGAUCUCAUUCUUCAUAUGUAUGUGAUGUUUCUGUUCUCAAAGCAACAUGAGGAGUUGGUUGGGAUCUACGCUUCUCAGCUUGCACGUCACCGUUGCAUUGACCUCUUUGUGCAUAUGAUGGAGCUGAGGCUAAAUAGCAGUGUGCAUGUCAAAUAUAAAAUUUUCCUUUCUGCUAUGGAAUAUUUGCCAUUUUCUUCUGAGGAUGAUUCAAAAGGAAGUUUUGAAGAAAUUAUUGAGAGGAUUCUGUUAAGAUCUCGGGAAGUUAAAGGUGGAAAAUAUGACAAGUCAUCAGAUGUUGCAGAGCAGCACCGGUUGCAGAGUCUUGAAAAAGCUACAUCAAUCCAAUGGCUCUGCUUUACACCACCCUCCACAAUUACCAAUGUGAAAGAAGUCAGCGUGAAACUUCUUCUGCGGGCAUUGACACACAGCAAUAUAUUGUUCAGGGAAUUUGCUCUGAUUUCUAUGUGGAGAGUGCCAGCAAUGCCAAUAGGUGCACAUGCAUUGCUAAGUUUACUUGCUGAGCCUUUGAAGCAGCUUUCAGAACUACCAAAUACUCUGGAGGAUUAUGUUUCUGAGAAUCUGAAAGAGUUUCAAGAUUGGAGUGAGUACUACUCCUCUGAUGCAACUUAUCGCAACUGGCUCAAAAUUGAGCUUGAGAAUGGUGAGGUUCCUCCCCUUGAACUCUCAGUGGAGGAUAAACAAAGAGCCACAGCAGCAGCCAAAGAGACAUUGAAUUCUUCUAUGUCAUUGUUAUUAAGAAAAGGAAAUCCUUGGCUGGCUUCUCCUGAUGAUGAGACAUUUGAAUCAACAAUGCUUGUAUUCCUUGAAUUGCAUGCCACUGCUAUGCUUUGUCUGCCAUCUGGUGAAUGUAUGCAUCCAGACGCUACCAUUUGCACUGCAUUAAUGAGUGCCCUUUACAGUUCAGUGUGUGAGGAAGUUGUAUUACGCCGCCAAUUAAUGGUGAAUGUUACCAUUUCACUUAGGGACAAUUAUUGCAUCGAGAUUGUUCUUCGCUGUUUGGCAGUAGAGGGUGAUAGACUUGGAUCACACCAAGUUAAUGAUGGGGGUGUUCUAGGUAUUGUCAUGACAGCUGGCUUUAAAGGUGAGCUUGCUCGGUUCCAAGCUGGGGUCACAAUGGAGAUAUCCAGAUUAGAUGCUUGGUAUACAAGUGCAGAUGGUACUUUGGAAGGCCCAGCAACAUAUAUUGUGCGGGGCCUUUGUCGUAGGUGCUGUCUUCCAGAAAUCAUUCUUCGAUGCAUGCAGGUUUCUGUUUCACUAAUGGAGUCGGGUAAUCCGCCGGAAUGCCAUGAUGAGUUGAUGGAACUCGUUGCUUGCCCAGAUACUGGGUAUCUUCAAUUGUUUAGUCAGCAACAAUUGCAGGAGUUUCUAUUAUUUGAGAGGGAAUAUGAAAUAUGCAAUAUGGAGCUUCAGGAGGAACUUGCAUCUUGACGUUUUGCGCUAGUGAAAUCAGGUCAUGGUGCUUAUUUAUAAACUUACCUCAGCCUGAUGUAGUUGGGUAACCAAUAGCAUUAUAUAGGAGAGAACUUGAACUUCUUAUCUACCUUGUAGAGUUUUUUCCUGUUCUUUUUUUAUUUUUCUUCUGGCACAGCUGUAAUUUUGAUAAUGUGAAAUGCAUUUUUUCCUCUUUAUUUUUCCUGUCAUUAAAGCCCUGCCCCUGCACCUCUGUGAGCAU